UUUGUGAAGGAACACAAGUUCGAACGCCAUUUUGUUGAAAUCGAUGACGUUACCACAAAAGGAAGUAGAAUUUCUUUCUGGCAGACAAUUUAAUUUUCUUGUUUUUGUGUAACCAUCCAUUGCAGUGACAACUGCAUAUUUAAAUUAACACUCAUGAUGACAACAUUUAUUACUCAUCCCAGUGUGAGGAUGAAGGGCACAGAAGCCAACUACCAGCCAGAGCAGUGCUUUGAUGGUGGCUGCUCGGACCACCCUCCCCACAUGCACUGUCCAUUCUGUGUGAAGUCAGACUGCUAUACUGACCCUGUCAUCCUCAAGGCUCAUUAUCGAGUGAAACAUGUUGACAAAGGCAUUGAAUUUGCUGGUCUGAAGAUCCUGCGCUGUUGUGCACAAUGCGAGAUUGUGGGAGUGAUCAAGGGAGAGAAGCGCUUCAAGGGAGCUCACUGGCACUGCUACAAGUGCAGGAACGGCUUCAACCGUAGAGACGAGGCCAUCAAACACUAUAAAACUCACUUCAGAAAUCCGCAAACAACAUUCCAAAUCCAGAUUGCACAGGAUACCAACCAGCCUGUGACACAGGGCUUUGAGACAGAGGAGGCUGCUGCGUCCAUUCCUGUGGACACAUUCACUGUGCACUCUGUAAACUCCAGCCUACCGGUAGUGACCUCGUACACCCAGGCUGGCAGUGAGAUGAUGCAUCGUGGUGUGGAAGACAUGGUGACAGGGGUGGGGGCCAUAGAGACGGUGGGGCUGUCAGACACCCAGACCAUCAUGAUCAUCCAGGAUGAGACCCACGGCAUGCAUGACACUUCACAGGACCUAUCCAAUGCCAGCAGCCUGGUGAAUGACUCGGGAGAUGACCACACUGGUGACCCCGGACUGGAGAUGCAGGUGAAAGAGUUGCAGCAGAGAGUGGUCCAGCUGGAACAGGAGCUCUUGGACAGGGACGCUGUCAUUAGGGACCUGCAGGCCAAGGUGAAUGCCAGCAAGGCCAGAGAGCAGGAGCUGAUGGAUCAGCUGUCCGUGCCUACCAGCGAGAGCCUACAGGAGCUGUGUACCAGCCUCCAGACCCAGCACAGCGAACUCCUCAGGAACCAGCUGAAACUGGUACAGCAGGCCGUGCUUAAGAACCACAACCAGAACAAGAAGUCACAGACCAAGAUGAUCAUCAUCAAUCCUGUAGGUACAUCGUUGAGUGCGGCUAGUCUCAUGAACUCUGGUCAGGAUGUGAUAAACUCUGUGCUGAACUCUGGCCUGACACUUCAUGGUUCACAGGCUCUGUCGGUGAGUCUGGCUGGGACACUGACUAACACAGCCAGCCUUUCAGCAGGGAAGACUCGGGUCACAGACACUGAUGGAUCCACAGGAGAAGGACAUGAGGGAUCCACAGUGGAUGAUCAUCACGUCAAGGAGGCUGACUUCAUGAGUAAGGACUUAAUGGAGCAACACUUUUCACAUGCUGCUGAACGCAUGGCUCAGACUGACACUGAAAGGAGACCAGCGAGGAAGAAAGCUAAACUGCAGUCACAAAGUGAUGUGGAACUUCAAAACGCAUAGUGUUUUAUAUGAGAGUGAUAAAACUGUCCUUUUUGCAUGAAUGGUUCAUUUGUUUAUGUACAAAUAAAAAAGUUGCCACUUUA